UUCCGACCCAGUGAAAAUAGGUUAAGUUAAGAAAAAUAAAGUGCGUGCUGCAUGAACUUAAAUUUGUUGUGUUUAAAACAUAACAAUGCGGCUAUGUAGCAAAACUAAUACGUGAAUUACGACCUAACACUAGUUCCUCCAGCUUAAAGAAUUAAAUCAAUAUGAGUCUUGUGCAAAGUCUACAACUUACCAAGAUAUCAAUCUUGCAUUGUAGUAAAUACUACUGGUGCAACAGCGUAUUGCGAACAAAAUAUAAAUUAAAUUUUCCUUGUAGUCAAAGAACUUUGAGUACCUCUACACAAAGUUGUGCUAGUAUCAAAGUUGGAGAAGAUGCUAAAUUUCUUACAACAAAUAAUAAUGAGUCACUAAUAUCUAAGGUCCUUAAGAAAAUCCCUUUUAUAAAUCUUCAAAGGCAUAAACUUGGUGUGUCUGGUUACUUAUUAUAUGAAUCUGUAGCAGAUAAUAUUAAUUAUAAUGAAUUCUUUGACGAGUUUGCCUUGCCCGACACGUUUUACUCUUGGUUUGUGAUUACCGAGAUUCAUGUAUGGAUGCUGAUGGUGCGAUGUAUGGCAGAGGGCGAAGAUGGACGCGUUAUGAGGAACUCGGUUGUGCAAGCCAUGUGGGCGGACGUCGCAUUGCGGGCAAAAAAACUGGGAGCUCACAAUCCAUCCGGAGUUCGAGAACAAAUACGGCAACUCUCCGAGCAGUUCCAAGCUGCUUUAAUUGCAUACGAUGAAGGUCUUCAAAGCGACGAUAUUACUCUUGCUGGCGCGAUUUGGAGAAGACUCUACCAGCAGCAGGAAGCCAAUCCAGAGCAUCUGGAUUGUAUGGUGAAAUACAUUAGAAAACAAGUUAGAUAUUUGGACAACAUUUCACAUGAUGAAUUGUUCUCGCAAAAGAAAAUCAACUGGGAGGCACUUCAGAAAAAGUAGUAAUGUACAUAUUAGCGAUUGAAUGAAUUUGUGAUUAUAACGCGGUAUUCGGCGCUUCCAUACCAAAUUGGCUAUCAGACCGAAUAUCGGGUAGUAAGUCAAGUCCUGACGAAUACAGGAUCAUUAAAAUAAACAGGUCUCACAAUA